CAACGACGCUUGGACUUCAAACUGUCGCGCGAAACGCACACUGUUUCUAUGCAAACAACAACCGUUAACAAACGCUGGGUCUACAGUACAGAUGGACGUACGAUGCAGAUCAAAGUAGAUACAAUUAUAUAAACUAAAAAGAUGACACAGUCGAUAGUAGUCCAAGUUGGUCAGUGUGGGAAUCAGGUGGGCUGCCGCUUCUGGGACCUCGCACUCAGAGAACAUGCACACGUCAAUCAAAUGGGAAUUUAUGACGAGGCACUGAGCAGCUUCUUUAGGAAUGUUGACCAAAGAGGAGCAGACUCUACAGGAGGCAGGAUCAACGCUCUAAAGGCCAGGGCCGUGUUAGUGGACAUGGAGGAGGGAGUCCUAGGAGAGAUUCUGCAGGGGCCGUUGCGUUCUCUCUUCAGCAGCACACAACUCAUAAGUGAUGUCUCUGGUUCUGGGAACAACUGGGCAGUUGGGCAUCACACAUAUGGCUUGGCCUACAGAGAGCAGAUUGUGGAUCAGGUCCGCAAGGCUGCAGAGCACUGUGAUUGCCUUCAGUGCUUCUUCCUCAUUCACUCUAUGGGAGGAGGUACUGGUUCGGGGUUAGGCACUUUUGUGUUGAAGCUUCUAGAAGACGAGUUCCCUGAGGUAUGUCGGAUAGUGACCUCUGUCUACCCGACAGCAGAAGAUGAUGUCAUCACCUCUCCUUACAACAGCAUCCUAGCCAUGAAAGAACUCACAGAACACGCAGACUGUGUCUUGCCAGUUGAUAACCAGUCUCUGGUUGAUAUUGUUGGUAAGAUACAACACAUGUCCAACACUGGCAAACCAGGAGGUACCAUCAAGAAGGACUGUACCAUCAUCUCGGGACAAGGAGGGGUGGUGAAGGUUGAGAAACCUUUUGAUGCCAUGAACAACAUUGUGGCCAAUCUACUUCUUAAUAUUACCAGUUCAGCACGGUUUGAGGGCUCUCUCAACAUGGAUCUGAAUGAGAUCGCCAUGAACCUUGUUCCAUUCCCACGGUUACACUAUCUUUUGCCCAGUCUAACCCCUCUAUACACACUUGCUGAUGUCAACGUACCACCACGCAGGCUGGAUCAGAUGUUCUCAGAUGCGUUUAGUAAGGAGCAUCAGCUAAUCAAAGCCGACCCCAAACACAACCUGUAUCUGGCCUGUGCUCUUAUGCUGCGUGGAAAUGUUCAGUUGUCAGAUCUGCGCCGGAAUAUUGAGCGGCUGAAGCCCACCCUUCCGUUUGUCCCAUGGAAUCAGGAAGGAUGGAAGACUAGUCUGUGUUCAGUCCCUCCUGUGUGUCACUCACAUUCUCUGUUGGCUUUAGCGAACAACACUUGUGUGAAAUCUACCUUCAUUGAACUAAGGGAGCGUUUUGUGAAGCUCUACCGUAGGAAGGCUCACUUGCAUCACUAUCUAGCAGUUGACGGCAUGGAGUUGGCUGGAUUCAGUGAGGCCUUGUCAUCGAUCUCAGCUCUAAUUGAAGAGUACACACACCUGGAAAGCCCUCUCAUGCCCAACGCACCCAGACUCACCAUCGCCACCUGACUCGUGUGUAUAAUAGACAACGUACUCUAAAUUUCUACUUGUACAUAAACUAAAUAUUUAAUAUUUUUGGACUAAAGUUUUAUGUAAAACGUCUCUAUUUCUAGAGGCAUAGAAACAUUGGUUCAAAUAUUGUGAAUUUAGUGUGGAUUUGGUAGUACUACCUACAGCAUAACAAACAAUAUUAAGUCAAAUACAGUUGAGCUCGAUCCCUAAGCAAACCUGUCUGCUUGGACUUUUUUAGACUUUUUUAAAUGAAUUAGUUUUUGUUUUACAAGUUUGUGUUUGAUUAGGGCCAGACCUUAACUUUGCAAGACAGCGGAAAUUGAAUUGUCUGUCUGUGUACUGUACUGGAGGCACAGAAAUUACACACUUCACCUGUAAAAUGUUGUUACUUUUUCUUUCAUAUAAAAAAAAAAAGUUAAUAAAAUAGUCAUGAUAUCAAACAUUGCCUGGAUAAUGUAGUUUUAAUAGAAGAAGAAUCGCUGAUUCAUUUGUCAUUACACAUUAGUAAUACACAAAAAUAUCCACUUUAUCUUAAACAAGAUUAAAAUACACACUCAAUCCCAUAGUCUUGGCAUUGACAGUCAGCACAAAGCGUAAAAUUGUAUUCUCAUUUAAUAUGGCUCUGCAUUAACCUGUUGACAGAUGGUUUGUUUGCAGGUUAGCGCUUAGUUUUGUUUUUGCUUCAAUCUAUGCCUCUACAAUCAGUUGGUGCAGGGCAUCCAUAGGUCCCAAAAGUAUUGUUGUCCAGCUAUUGCCUAAGACUCAAUGAUCAACACCUCUCAAAAACAAUAUUAUAAUCAUAAUCAGCGUGCAUAAUAUUUUGUUGCAACUGACCUGACAGAAGUACUUGAGUAAAAGAAAUUACCUUGUAUUUUGAAAAAUGCAUUUUAAAGAGACCCUCUUUAGAUGAAGCUGUUUGUUGCAUUCAUUUGUACUCUAUUUUUGCACUCUUUCUAUAGUGAAUGUCCUGUAUUGUGUGUGUGCUAGUAGGGUUAAGUUGUCUUGUGUAUGGGCUGAAUUUGAAAGCAAAAAGAUUCAAUCAAUAUCACGGUCACUUCAGAGUGCACAUCCCCAGUAGUAGUAAUACUAUUGUUUAUAUGUACCUAGUGUUACAUUGUAAUGCUUUCAAAAAAAAUAAUCAUAAACAACCCAAUAAACUCAUGAAACAACUCA